AUGCAGCGCCAGACUAUCCAGACCAAAAACGCUCCAGCAACGGGCACGCAUUUGUCACAAGCGACCAUCCAUAAUGGUGUCGUCUACUGCUCCGGUGCCCUGCCUAUUGACCCUGUCACCAACGAGCUGGUUGGGGGCACCAUUGGUGACCGGACGAUCCGCUGCCUCAAGAACCUUGAGGCUAUUCUAAUCGCAGCCGGCUCCAGCCUGGACAAGGUCCUGAAGGUCAACAUCUUUGUCACCAAUAUCAAGGAUGUUCCCGCAGUGAAUGAGGCCUACACCUCACUAUUCUCGGAACCGCGACCGGCCCGUGCAUGCGUUGAGGUCAGCGGCCUGGCCAAGGGCACUGACGUGGAGAUCGAGUGCAUUGGAUUCAUUGGAGAGAUUAGCAAGCUGUAA